CUGCGUCUGAUGAGCGUCCAGAGCAGCCAACGUCUAGUGUGCAUCCAGAGCAGCCAACGCCCCUGCCGUCCUCAGCCCCUGCUGAGUUUCCGCCUGAUGCUCGCCCCGAGGAGCUCCCAUCGACCUCCAACAGCCAGACUGCGUCUGCCACCACCUUGCCGCAGAGUGACUCUUCUGUAAGUGUAAAAUCACAACAUACACAAGCAAUGUUAAUGCAUUUCACAAAAUCCCAUUGGUUACUAACCCCCACCACAUUAUAGAAAAUAAAUAAGUAAAUGUGGUGUGUUGCAGGUGGAGCUGGAAGGCUGGGUGCGGCCGUGGGAAGACUCCAAUGGCAUCCCAUCUGCAGACAUCCCUUGGCUGAAGGAGGACAGCGAGAGAGGCCUCUUUACGCCCAUCCAAAUGUACAAGGACAUCAAGGGUGUCAUUCGAAGGCGCCGCGUCCUAAAGUCAGACCGGAUGUGGUUUUACCCCCCCGAGCCACCCGGCUUCGUUAGUGGUGGCAUCCCCAAUCCAGAGGCCUUUUUCCGCCGCCGUUUUUUCUUCUGGCGCCCCAUCGGAGUGUGGCGGUGCUCCCUGAAGUGUCCGCGGGGUGAUAAGUGCGCUGGGGCCGGAGGCAACACAUACCUCUCCAAGUCAGGUUACCACAUCCGUGUACGUCACAUCUGCGACGUGUCUGGUUGGUACACCAUGGCGACAGAGGUGGUUACCUGUGGACCGUGCCUCAAGGCCGCCAGGGGUGGAGCGAGUGGUCACAUGGGUCGGUGGCUGGCAUGGAACGAUGCCAUCCUGGAGCAGCUGAGCGAGGCUCAUCGGGCCAGGUUUCCGGCUGUGCUGACCGUUAAGCGUGGGGUGGACAAAACUGUGAUUCGCCUCCUGCGUGACCGCACAGAGGGGAACACCAUGGUUAAGGUGUGGCGGCAGGUGCAGGAGAAUCAUAUGGAGGACUACUAUCAAAGAAAGGACCUCUACACCACACUCCUCAUGGCCUUGGUGAAACCCGGAGGCAUCGUCUCUGCGUUGGGCCACGGGCAGUUCCAGGCGGCACCUCUUCCCAGAGAGCUACCCUGUGCGCGGCUCCUGCGGCACGCCUUUCUCCUGGCUGAGGCGGAAAAUGUUCAGGACUACCGGAGCCAGAUACUGUCCACGUUCGGCACCGUCCUGAAAAUGGACUCAACAAAGAAGGCAAGUGUGUUGACAUACAAACAUAAGCACCACAUUGAACACCACAUUAUGCACGAAACACCACAUUAUGUAAAACUAAACUGUUUUCUAUUUGUUUGUUUUGUUGUAGGUGGUAAAGAAAUUGUCUGGGGAGGGCAAGGGCUCGGCCGAGUGGUUCACCAGCAUCGGGAACGAGUACUCCCAGAUCGUGUCCUUUGUUCUCACCUGUGA